ACACCGGUAGUUGUCAUGGCGAUGGAGUCAGCCUCGGCGUCGGCUCCGGGGCUUGUUGCCAUGGAGAUCCCGGUGCGAGGUGCGCUCCCGGUGGUGGAGGAAGACGAGGGCUUCAGCGCGCUGCCGCCGGGGUCCGAGGAGCGACUACUGCACCGCCGAGGAGGAGGGAGGCGGCGGCGCGGGGUGCCGUUCAACCGGGGCGGCUACUAUAUGCUGAUAGUGAUCGGGGAGAUCGGCACGGAGCACCAGCUGGACGCCGCCAGGGUGCAGAUAGAGCGGGGAAUUCGAUGCUGGGAUGUUGACCUCAAGUGCUGCGACCUUGAUCAGCAACUGCAGCUUUUUAUCACUCGUCACUCCGCCCACUUCUCCUCCGAGGUCAGAGGACAAAGGACUCUCCACCACAGGAGUGAUGUCCUAGAGACUGUGGUACUUGUCAAUCCCUCAGUCGACACUGUUGUGUCAGAGAUCCAGUCUCUAGUCACCGACUCAGCAGGACGUAAGCUUCUGGUCUUGAGUGGCCAGAGCUCAGAUCACGGUGGCCUUCUCCUUCAAACUGGGGUUUUCACCUACCAGACCUUUUCAAGUAUCUUUACUGAUCCUGGGGUCAGUGAAUUACUGGGCACAGCAGCCCCCAAGCAGCAGGCUACACUUACUGUGUCCUGCCGCGGGGAGGUGGGCUGGAGCUCUCUGGGACAGCAGCAGACCCUGCGGGAGUUCCUGGAAUACAAACUAAACCCUGAACCUGUUCUCCCAAAGAUGGAGGGUGUCACAGAGUUCACAGAGUACAUCUCUGAAACCGUUGAUGUUCCUUCACCUUUUGACCUUCUGGAGCCUCCCACCUCCGGAGGUUUUCUGAAACUUUCAAAACCAUGUUGCUACAUCUUUCCCGGCGGACGAGGAGACUCUGCGCUCUUUGCUGUGAAUGGCUUCAACAUCUUAGUGGAUGGAGGCUCUGAUCGAAAAUCCUGUUUCUGGAAGCUGGUUCGUCACUUGGACCGCAUCGAUUCAGUUCUGCUCACUCACAUCGGUGCUGACAAUCUCCCAGGAAUCAAUGGGCUUCUCCAAAGGAAGAUAGCAGAACAAGAGGAGGAGCAGUCACAAGGCUCCACCAACUAUAGCGACUGGAUGAAGAACUUGAUCUCUCCUGAACUAGGUGUGGUAUUCUUCAACGUACCUGAGAAGCUCCGUAUGCCAGAAUCAAAUCUCAAAGUGAAGCGCAGCAUUGAGGAGGCCUCACUUACUUUACAGUACCUUAACAAACUAGGAAUCAAGCCGGAGCCUCUCUUUCGAGUGGUCAGCAACUCUAUUGAGCCCAUUACACUUUUCCACAAGAUGGGAGUUGGCAGGUUAGACAUGUAUAUUCUGAACCCUGUCAAAGACAGUAAAGAGAUGCAAUUUUUAAUGCAGAAAUGGGCUGGCAACAGCAAGGCCAAAACUGGUAUUGUGCUACCCAACGGGAAAGAAGGAGAAAUAUCUGUGCCCUACCUGACAUCAGUUACAGCCUUAGUUGUCUGGCUUCCUGCCAAUCCUGCAGAAAAGAUCGUCAGAGUGCUGUUCCCUGGGAACGCACCACAAAACAAGAUCCUAGAGGGCCUAGAAAAAUUGAAGCACCUUGACUUCUUGCGCUAUCCUGUAGCCACACAAAAGGACAUUGCCUCAGGAGCUCCUCCCUCUGUUAUUAAACAAACCAAGUUAAAACAAAGAACAGAUAGCAAAGAGAGUCUCAAAUCAUCCCCCAAAACCACUGCAAAGGCCUCAAAGAAAGAAACUGAAGGACAAGAUGAUGUGUCAGUGACCACAGAGGCAAAGAGUGACUCUGUGAAGGAAAAUAUAUCAGAGAAAAAAGAGGAGAAAAAGCCGACCAAGACUAUAAAAUCUAAAACUGAAGUGCCAGAAAAGAAAAAACUCUUGAAAGAAAAGUCAUUAAAAAAGCACUCUAAGGAAAGGGUGUCAAAAAUGGAAGAGAAAAAGGACAAGGAAAAGAAAGAGAUCAAGAAAGUAAAGAAAGAUGACUCUGCUAAAAAAGAUGAGAAAAAAGAUGGCAAGUCCAAAGAGGACAAGAAGAAGGACACAUCCAAGCCUGAGCUGAGAAAAAUUUUAAAGCCUGACCUAAAACCACUUACACCAGAAGUAAGAAAGACAUUACAUAAAGCUAAAGUGUCAAGUAAAGCCAAAACUGGAAAAAGUAAAGCAGCCAAGGCUGAACCUGCUGAACCCAAAGCAGAGGAGCCAAAAGUUGAAGCUAUUCAACCUGAACCGAUAGAAAAUGGAGCUGUAGAGGGUUCAUCUGCUCCCUCAACACCUGAAGACCUUACCAAGGAUUUUGAAGAACUGGAAACAGCUGAAGUUAAAGCUGUAUCAGCGGAGCCAGGAGACAGUGCUGAGGUUCCAUCAGAGCCAACAGCAGAAAGCCUUACCCAAGAAAAGGAAGAAGUACAAGAAGCAACUUCUGAAAUCCCACCUGCAUCAGAGACCCCUGAAAAGUUGGUGUCAGCCCCAGAAAAAGCUGAAAGUCAGGAUAAAGACAGGGAAUUGACACAAGAGAGGGAAAUUGAAGAGGCUCAAAAGUUUGAGGAUGAGGGAGCAGCAAUGCAAGAUGAAGAUGAGGAAGAGGAAGAGGAGGAGGAGGAGGUCCCAGCUGCUGAAAAGAAAACACAGCAGGAGGAGGAGGAGGAAGAGGACAUGGGAAUUGGUGAAGAUGAAGAUGAAUCAAAAUGGAAGGAUUUAAAGGAUGAUGGGCUUGACAGGAAACAUGAAAUAGAAGAAAUGGAAAAAUCAGAAAAUCUCUCAGCUAAGGUUGUGACAAUAGAGGGGCUACAAAUGACUCCAUCCAGGGACGAGAAAGAGGAAGAAGAGGAGGAGGAGGCAGUGGAGAAAGCCGAACUGGAGGAAGUUGAGGAUUUAGAUGUAAUAGCAGAUGAAGAAAUCAAAGUUAAACCAGAAGAGGCAAUGGAAAGCAGAACCACUGAAAUUCUUACUGCAACCAAAGAUGAAGAAGAGGAGGAGGAGGGCUAUCUGUCACAUGUUGGAGGGGCCACUGCUCCCAUAACCUCAGUCGCUCAAGGUGCUGCCGCCGCCGAACCUAUCUCCUACAUACAAGAUGAGACGAUUCCCGGCUACUCUGAGACGGAACAGACCAUCUCUGAUGAGGAGAUUCAUGAGGAGGCUGAGGAGAGAAUACCACACCUUCAAUACGAUGUUGGUGCCUACGAUAUCUCUGUUCCAGAUCAGACAGGCUCAUUUGUAAACAUUCAUGGGAUGAGGGAGAUACAAGCUGCAGCCAUGACAGACAAGAGUUUUAUUCCAGGUGUGCAUGAGCAAGUAUCUGUGUUCACCAACAUCAUCACUGCUCCUCUGGCAGAAGAAGAACAUGUCUCUUCUGCAACGUCCAUCACAGAGUAUGACAAAGUGUCCUCCUUUCCUACUUCUAUUGCUGAAGACCAAUCUGUGGCAUCUGUCACAGCACCUCCAGCUGAGGAACCACCCAAAACCACGGCUCUCCUGUCAACCUCACCUGACACCACCCAAGGCAAAGAACAGUCACUUUCUGCAGGAACUCCUUCACCACCUUCUUUAGAGGAUGAUAAACAAUCCAAAUCUCCAGCUGAUGAUUUACACCUUCCUAUUGCAGAAAUGAAGACAGUGGCUAAAGUUCCUGAUGCUACUGAAGAGGAGGAAGAAGAAGAAGAAGAAGAGGAAGAAGACCAAACUCCUAAUGUUGACAUUUCACUUGAAAAACUCCAAGAGGGCUAUGCUUCAUCCCAGAUUCUACAGGUGAAAGAGAAAGGCAUUGAAAAGCUUGCCGGUUCAGGGUCUCCCGAAAAGUCUGAACAUGACAUAAAACCAAUCCACCUACCAGUCGAGGAGGAAAAUAUUGACGCAGUUGCCCCUAAAGAUAUUUCAUCAGUCGUGCCUACUAGACCAUUUGGAUCUGACUCAGUAACUUCAGAGAGUGAAGAGCGUUGCUUUAGUCCGGAUGAUAUCACUGUGAAAAUGGCGUCCCCUCCACAGUCCGGACCCUCGAGUGCAGCUCACUCCCCACUUCGUCAGUCACCAGUGGAAGACAAGACAAAGGGCUUCCCUGAUUUUGAACUGCCAAAGCAAGAGGGGCUUUCUCACCUAGUCACAGCUGAUGAUGAAACUAAACAGAGAGAUGACACAAUAGCAGAGACACAGAAAGAUGCUGACAGACAGAAAGAAGGUCAGCUUGAAGUGGACAUUCCAACAUCUUUGGAAAAAUCAUUCGAAAAGGGCAUCAAAGUGGCUUCAGUGAUGAAAGAGCCAGAAAAAGACAGUUCAUCUGUGCCAAAAGAUGAAGUAAAACAUGCAGAAACAAUACCUGUCACUGGUGCAGCUUUAAAAGAAGAACAACCAGUUUCAGGGACGGAUUCCGAUAUUUUAUCUGCACAAUAUUAUGAUGACACAGGUGACAGGUUCAAAGAGAAAGAACCUAAAGUGCCUGCACCAGGUAAAUUUUCAGAGAGGGAGAGGCAUUUCUCGGACGAUGGUGAUGAUAACAAGAAAGAUGAUGAUGAUCAUGACGAUAAAUCUGCAGUUAAAACCACCAAAGUGGAACAGGAGACAGAAAAGGACAGUGUCCUAGAUGUCAAACAAGUGGAGGAUGAGCAGAAACAGAAAUCUGUUACCCAGAUCAGGGAAGACGUGUCUGCUCUUAUGUCAAUCACAGAUGAGAAAGCAGAAACAGAGCACGUAAAAGAUGAUACAUCUGACAUUAAACCUGUCAAAGAAGAAAUUGCAAAGGACACUGUCACUGUUGAUAGAUCCAUUAAAGAUGAACACAUAGAGCCAGAGAAGGAAAUUGUUAGCUUCGAGGCCAAACAAAUCCAAGAUGAACAGAAGCUGAAAGGUGAAACACAAAUACAUGAUUUUGACCUUAAAAGCAAAGGUGAGAUUAAGGAGCCUGAGGUAAAAAAGGAUGAUGUGUCUGCUAGUAAGAUUUUAAAAGAAGAGGACAAGAAAGAGGCUGAAAAGAGUGAUACUUUUGAUAUUAGCCCAAUAAAGAGUCAAGACAAAGAUAUUAAUGUGGUCCUCUCUUCAGAUGUCAAGUCUGUUAAAGAAGAGGUAGAAAAAGAGGCAAAGAAAGAUGAUAUGCCAAUCACUAAACCUCCUCAAGAUGAAGAGAAGAAAAAGGAUACAGAAACCUCUGAUAUUAAAGUGACUGCAGAUAAAAAGGAGGAAAAGGAUGUGGAAAAGAUAGAUAUUUCUGCUGCCAUGCCCUUUACAGAUGAACAGAGGGAAGAAGGGAAAGAGAUGGGUGACAUCACUGUUGCUAAACUCAGCAAAGAAGAAGAAAUUAUUAGUAAAAAUGAUGAAUCUGCUGUUACCAUGAAAGAAGAAAAGGGGCGUGAGAUUUGUACAGAUGUUAUCUCAACUGUUAGCCUCACUAAGGUGGAAGAAAAUGAUGUAAGUAAAGAUGAGAUUUCUGUGGCAAAGUCAACCACCGAGCAAGAAAAGGAGAAGGACUCCAGUAGAGAAGAUAGUACUGACACUAAACCUUCCACAGCACAUCUUGCAGAUAUAACAGCAAAAAAGGAUGAUGCCUACACAUCCAAAACCAUUAUAGAAGAGGAUAAGGAUAGCAUAGGUAAAGAUGAUACUGCUGCUAUUAAAUUUGUCACACCAGAGGAAAAGGAUAAACUGCCAAGUGAGGAAGAGAUUUGUGCUGUUAAAUCAACAGUUGGAGAAGAAAAGGAACAAGAGGAAAGCAAAGGGGAUGCUGUUGUCAUUAGCAAACUAGAGGAUGAGCAUGUGAUCACAUCUAAGCAUGAUGAUUUCUCUGCAACAACCAAGGUAGAAGCAAAAGAAACACUGCAAUCUGUUAAGCCAGUUAUGGAAGGAGAAAAGGAGCAAGAGGCAAGUAAAGAUGUCACUGCUGCUGUCAAAGCAACUAAGAUGGAGGAUGAGGAUGUAAUGAUGAGCAAAGAUAUUACUCCUGUCAAAACACCCAAGGACGAAACAAGCACAAAGGAUGUCAUUUCUGUUUCUACACCAACCCUUAAAGAUGAAAAAGAUAAGGAAAUCAGUAAAGAUAUUUGUGCUGUUGUAUCAGUGAUUGAAGACGAAAAGGAGAAAUCUGUAGAUAAAGAGGGAAUGCUCACUGUCAAACUGUCCAAGGAAGAAGAAGUGACAGGUCAGGAUCAUGGUGUUGUUAUCAGACCCGUCAAAGAAGAAGAAGAUACAGUAGCAAUUAAGGAUGGAAUUUCUGAUAUGAAACCCUCCAAACCAGAGGAAACCAAAGACACUGCUGAUGUUGAGACAGACGAGGAGAAGAAGGUUGAACUGAAAGAUGUUACAUCAGAUGUAAAACUCAUCAAGGAGGAGGCAAAAGAAACACCAAAAGAGGAAACUUGUGAUAAAGAAAUUGAGGUUAAAAAAGAGGAUGGGAAGAUUGACAUUCCUCAAUUUGUAUCCAUUACAGAGAAGAAGGAAAAGGAAAUAGAUGAUACAUCUGUUAAAACCACUAAGGAUGACAAAGAGAUGGAAAAAAGUGACACUUCUGAGAAGCAAAUAAAACCGGACAUUAAAGAGCUGGAGAAGAGUAUUACUGAUGACCACAAGCCCAUUUUGGAGGCAAUGAAGGAUAAAGAAACUGAGAAAGAUGAAAUAAAAAGAGAGAAAGAAACAGAUGCCACUGUUGAACAACCCACAGCUGCAAAAGAGAAAGAACCAUUUAAAGAUGAAGCAACGCAGGAGGAUAUUAAAGAUGCAGUCAUACAGGGCAGUCAUGAAGCUGUAUCUAUCAAGCAGGAAACCGAGAAGGAGAUGUACACUCCAACAUUUAGCACCAAAGAAGAGAAGAAAGGUAAAGAUGAUUAUCCUUUCGAGUCUGAAGCCAAGAAGGAUGAUAAAAAAGAGGAAUGUCUUCCACAGACCUUGGAAAAGGAAAAGACUACAAAGGAUGAUAAUUUAGAGGUUAGUGAUGAGCAUAUACAAGAAGAAACCUCUGAUAAACUUCCUUUAACUCAGAAAGAGAAGGAAACUCUUGGCACUGCAUCAGUCAAAAUGCAGCAAGAGUCUUCUGUAACAACAUCAAGUGCAGACCUAAAUGCAGAGAAAACUGACAUUUGUGUGUCUCCCCACGACAUCCAGGAGGAGAAAAAAGAACAAGAUAAAGAAUCAAAGGUCAUUUUCAGUCAGGAAGAGAAGAUGGAAAAGGAAAAAGAUGAUGCACAUGUUGCAGAACUCAGCAAAGAACAGAAAAUGGAGAAAGAACAAGAAAAAGAAUACAUGUAUGAAAUUGAAGAUGUCAAAGAUGAAAAAACAAAACCAGGACAAGAUGAAAAGAUGAUUAAAGAGAAGGAUGCUGCUGGCAUGAAGGCUGAUGAGAUCACAGAGAAAGACAAGUAUGAUUCCACUGAUGCAGACCACACCAAAGAGGAGAAAUGGGAGAAAGAGGAAUUACAGGAGAAAGACCUGGACAAAACCAUUAAACAGCCUACAGAGACAACAUCAGCAGAAGCUGUGCUGGAAUCCAAGUUAGAUUACAAACCUGCCUUUGUGGUUCAGUCAUCAGAUGAAGACAGAGAGGAUGAGGAGGAGGAAGAUAUUUGUAUGGGGGGAGCAGGUUCCAGGCCUUUGUCAGUGGAGCCAAGAAAAUCUGACCAUGACAUCUCUUCUGCAGGCUUGCCUUUAACCCAAACUCCACAGACAAGUGACCAAACCAAAGCACUUGUGUCUCAGCAGCCCCCAAUGGUUAUACCUACGCUUACAAUGCAAGAGCCCUCUGUGGAUGAAGACGUUAAAGAGUCUGGAAAAGAAGAAUCCAGGCUUUCCCCUGAAGCAGACAAAGAUAUUAUGAAAACAGAAACCACAUCUGCACCACUUGCAAAGCCAGAGCCGUCCUUUGCUAUUGUCACAUCAAAGGAGGAGACAACCUUUAUUUCAAAACAAGAAACAGCUUCUGGUAUCCCAGCUGUCAAAGCAGAACCAGUGUCAGACUCAGCUGAGAAAAUGCCUGUGUUGUCAACAGUAUCAAGCACUGACAGCCAACCCAGAAGCUGCACACUUUCAAGCACUGAAAGCCAAUCCAGUGUGGAGGAAACACCUCAACACGAGAAAGAGGUGCCAUCUCAGAUGAGCUCUGAAGUUGGUGCUACAGAAAAGACAAAGCUGGAUGAGAAACCAGGAAAGGAAGCAGAAAGGGAGAUGGAAGGAGAACGAGAGGUGGCUUCUCCUGGAUUAUCACAGCCUUGUUCAUAUUUUAUGUUGGAGAAAGAAUCUGAAGACGUCAGACUCACUGCUGAUACUGCAAAAAUUGAGAGUCGAGAGAAAGACACAGAAAAGGAAACAGUCGGUAGAAGCCUUGGAGAUGAGAAACAACCCUGUGGUGCAUCAAAAUAUGAUCCGUAUGAAAAGCCCAUCCCAAAAGAUCAAGAUUUGGACUCAAGAGAAGAGAGUGAGGUUUCUUUAGGUUUUGAUCAUGCUUCUGACAUCUGCAUUGACGAUAACAGAAGAACAAGCCAGGCAGAGGCAGGAGGAGCCAUGUUCCUCCUGGAUGAUCAGUACAAAGAAGAGCCUCUGUCCUUCAGUAGGGUCGACUAUAGUCCAGUGUCCCUCACCGAGAGUGAAAGAAGCAGUCACCACAGUCCAAGCGUCUCUCCUAAAUAUGAAGACCGAGAGAAAGGCCAAGAGGAGGAGAGUGAGAGAAAGGAAAGAGCAGACACAACUUAUGUUGACAAGAGCUUUUCAUCUGUAGACAUGCAAGACAACAAAAUGUCCAAAGCUGCUGAGUCUUAUUCUUUCAGUCCCAAAGAAGACAAACCUGAGAAAUCAGAGAGGGAGAAAGAAGAUACGCAGGAAGGCGCUGCUGCAGCUUUUCAUACACGGGCGACAGGCGAAUGUGAUGUAGUUUCUUCAAGUGCUGCCGUUCAGACAGCAAGCGUAUCAAUAAGACAAGAAACACCCUCUCCCUCUUGGAACCAAUCAGAGGUUGGUGCCCAAGCCCCAGCUACUAGCGUUGCUUUUGGAGAACACACAGAGAAGGAAAAAACAAAAAGAGAGAAAGAAAAAUCUGAUGAGUCACUCAAAGACAAAAUGGAUUCCUCUGAUCAUAAAAGAGAAGCAUCCCCAUCUGGUCGGCACUCACCUGCAGAAAAAGACAUUUUACCUCAACAAGCAUCACUGUUAGAGAGAGAAGAAACACCAAGCGAUUCAAGGACUGUCCCUGGUGCCACCUUCAUAGGACAUGAAAUAGAUGAUAAUGUAUUGGCUUCUGAUAACAGUCAAAUUAGCAGUUCUUCACCUUGUAAAGCCCCAGGUUUUCCUGAAGGAAAGGAGAGCCUGAUAGAUAAAAGGUUACUUGUGGAGGGGGAAGAUUUCAAUGUUGAUGAUGAUGAAGAUGAAGAUGAGGAUGAGGAGGAGGAGGAGGAGGAAGAAGAGGAGGAGUCAAGUGAUGUAGAUAUGGAAAAGGGUGCCAGAGAGCAGUCUGAAAAAGAAAUGUGCAGACGUGGCUCUGAUGACAGUGCUGGGUCAGCAGAGUUAGAGGACUCAAAUAAAAAGUCUCAGUUGCCUGCAUCAAGCUUCCUUAAAGAGGAAACAGCCAGGAAACCAACACCUGAUGAUGUAUCAGCAUUUAAAAUCUCAGAGACAGACAAGCAAGAUGUAAGUAAAGAACCACUUGAAUCAAAACUACACAAAGAGGAGGGUGCAGUUAGUGAUACAACUACAUCCAAGCCAUCUGAGACAAAGAGUGAAGAUCUUGGUAAAACAUCUCCAUCACCGGACCCAGGUUCACUCAAAAUGGACGAAAGCCUUUCUGCUCCACCAGAUGUCCCAAAGCAUACUGAAAUAAAGAAAGUUGGGGACACAGACAAAAAGCAUUUAUCUCCUGAACCGACCACAAAGAGGAGGUUGUCAUCAGCAGAGGAAAUUACUUUUUCUGAGGUACUAGAAUCAAAAAAAGAAGAUGAAGGCCAAGUCUCUCUAUCACCAGAGUCAAGAUUUUUGACAAAGGAAACUUGUCAGCCAACAUCCACAAGCAGCCUGAUAGGCUGCUCUUUGCCACUUGAUCAUUCUGAGUCCAUGUCUAAACCUACAGCUAGUCCAUCCCCUCCCCUAAGAGGUAGCUAUGCCGAUAUUGGACCGAGCAGAUCUUCAGAUUAUUCUAAGGGUUUUGAUAGUGAGGACAGCCAAGUAAAGUUGAAGGAAGAUGAGAAAGAAUCACUUGCGUUCUCAGAUGCCUCCCAGCUAUCCAAACUAAGUGAUGAUAAAUAUUUCAGCCAAAGAGACGUUCAAGAAGAAGGUAGUCUAGGUGAGAGGCAGACCCAAGAUACUACCGCAAAACAUGAGGAAACGAUCUCAUCAGCUUGCACAUACACAACCUUAACGUACUCUACUUCAACAUACUCCUCUACAUCAUACAGUUACUCAUCUUCAGCCUCAACGUCUGCCCUUUUGAGCCAACAGUCAGGAGAAAAAGUUAAAACUUUUGCAAUGUCAAGCUCUGAAGUACCUUUAGCCAAAGAGGAACCAUCAUUCACAAAACCAUCUACAAGUUCUUGCUUUGGAGGGUUUCAGAGAGAUGAGUACAUGGAGGUGACAACGACACCUACAACAAAACCGUCUUUACCCAGCCAGUCUGAAGAGGCCAGACCCUCGUCUCCAGGCUUGUCGACCACUGCCAAGCAGCCUGAAGAUCAAGGUGGUUCUGCAAAGCCAGAAUCAGAUACAAAGUCUAGUAAUAAGACUACAACAUCCACCACAGCAUCAUUUCUACAAAGUACAGAAAGUGCAAAGGUGUCUGAGAGUUCAUCCACGUUGGCUCACUUUGAUGUCUCUCCACUCCAAAGGGCUGACUCCUCUGACAGGGGGUCCCCAGGGUCAGCUGAAGACAAGGAGCCUGAUACACUUGAAAUGGAGGACAGCACCCUACCAUGCCGCAUUGAAUGUCAAAAAAGCAAAGUGACUGAGCAAAAAGAGACAUUUUCAUCAAUUACUGAGCCAUAUGCAGUAGAGAGUAUCAUAUACUCCACAGAAACAAAGACAGUCAGCAUAACCUCUAGUACCAUUGUGUCUAAACCUGAUGUGGCAAUGGAUACAUCUCUACAGACAUCCUCAGCCACUCCACUGAGUGAUAGUGGAACUACCAAAACCUCAUGUGUCAUAACAGGCCUCCCCAAAACAGAAGCGAGUGAAGAGAAAACACUGCAAGUAAAAGAGGAAAAGCCAAAUGGAGCUGUUCCACCUUUGAAGGAAGGUGCCAAGGUGUCAGAAAAAGAAACCAGUGAAAAAGAUGAAAAGACAGAGACACUGAAAGAGACUGAAGUUAAGCAGAAAAUAGAAGACAAGACAGUGGAUGAAAAGACCAGUAAAGAUAGUACAAAAGAGAAAGAAGCAACAGCUGAUCCCAAGCUGAGUGAAAAAGUAGAAAUUGAGAAACAAGGGGAGGGUGAAAGAGUGGAGGAAAAAGGUUUGUUGGAAAAGCCACCAGAAAGAUUAGAAAUGAGGAGAAAGAGCAGUAUAUCUGAUUGGGAGCUACUACAAAGGCCGGAUGACUGCCCCAGUGUCCCCCCUCCAGGGUAUGGUGACGAUGAUGAUGAGGAGGAAGAAGAGGAAGCAGUAGAAGCAAUGGAAUGGAUGUCCAGCUCUCAUAUGACCUCCGUGUCCUCCUCAAAAGAUACAUUUCACACAGAAACCUCUAGCAAAGGAGACAUAAAAACUGAUCGUCCCUCUGACUUGAACACCGGAGCAACCUCCUCCUCUGCCUCCCCUCAAGGCUUCUCCUGCGAAUAUAAACAUCGCAAAGGAGACCUCUCUCCAUCCUUCAUCAAUCCCAGUCCUCAUCAGCUCUCCAGUGACGAGGGGGAGGGCCGCAGUGACCACUCCCAGGAAGGGGAUGAGGACGAUCAAGAGCAACACUCUGUGAAAAGGAGGUCACACAAGCAGAGGCGUCACCACACUCAGAGUCACCAUGGAGACGCAGCACAGGGGCCACACCAGCUGCCUGGAGCAAUGUCCUCUGGUUUGGCUGUGACUUUAGCUGGAGAGGAAACUCCUCCCACAUCCGUGAGCGAGUCAUUGCCUUCACAGUCUGACUCUGACGUCCCUCCAGAAACUGAGGAAUGUCCAUCCAUAACGGCGGAGGGAAAUCUGGACUCAGAUGAAGACGCUGAGCAUCUGCCAGUGGACAAAUUAUCUGCCUCUGGAGCUGGUGGGGGCCACCAUCCUCCCUCACCACGAUCAUCUCAGAAGACUCACGAUCCCCUCCCUACACCCAUGAAGGACCCUCUACCUCAUCCUCCCCACCCAGAUGUGUGCAUGGUCGAUCCAGAGGCUCUUCUCAAUGAUCACAGCAGCACAGAGAAACCUCUCAAAAAGGAGCACAAGACCACCAAGGGCCUCAGAAAGGGCAAACCCAAGUCAGCCUCUCCUGCUCGUAAAGGGGAAUCCAGGAAGAGGUCUUCUACUCCAGUGAAGCAGGCCAAGGAUUCUGCCUCACCUCGAUCAGCCUCCCUCAGGAGGAAGGACACGGACAGAAGCUCCAGGCUGAUCAAGAUGUCUGAGACCCAAGGCUCAAGGAGUGAGAUCCUCAACCCUGGAAAAGGCUUAGUCAACGGCAUCAAGAGCACUUCAGGAAGCAACUCCCAGAAAUCUACUUCAACUGUCCCCCCUGGACCACCCGUCUAUGUUGACCUGGCCUAUGUGCCCAACCACUGCAGUGCCAAGAACGUAGACCAAGAAUUCUUCAAGAGAGUGCGGGCAGCAUACUAUGUAGUGAGUGGGAAUGACCCGGGCAGUGGAGAGCCCAGUCGUGGGGUCCUGGAUGCCCUGCUGGAGGGCAAAGCUCAGUGGGGCUCUAAUUUACAGGUGACCCUGAUCCCGACCCAUGACACGGAGGUGACCCGGGAGUGGUACCAGCAGACCCACGAGAGGCAGCAGGACCUGAACAUCAUGGUUCUGGCCUCCAGCAGCACCGUAGUCAUGCAGGAUGAGUCUUUUCCUGCCUGCAAGAUCGAGUUCUGAGCUUUGCGAGCUCCCACUCUGCUUUCUCCGCCACCACCGCCCCUCCCGUCCUCCCCCUCCUCGUCAUGUGGAGGUAGAGCGAGAGCAAACAGCACUCCCUGCUUCUUCAAAGCUUCUCAUUCUCUCAUGGUAUCAGUCUCAAAUGCAUUUGCUGCAGCCCUCAAUACACUAGAUUCUGUUAGCUGAAAUUCUGGGUGUAUGCUUUGUGAUAGUGGGGUUAUCACGCAGAUAAUACUGUACUUUCAUGUUUGUUUUCUUCCGUCAGUUACAUGUCUGCCCUAACACAUUUCUUAUACUAGGACUAACAACAGCAGUGGUAAAAAAAAAAAUAAGUCUAAUCAUUUGCAAUCACAUAAUCACACCUGACAGCUUCGUUUGCUUCUUAUCUAACAGAUGAAAGAACGUCAUUACCCAUAAAUGAAUAAUGCAACAUUUAAAGUGGACAUUAGUAAGACGGAGUUCUUACACUGAUGGCUCAAAUUGCAUUUAAGACAGAAAUUUAAUUCUCCAAGUGGCCAAAACAAGUGCCAAAACACUGUUGAAACAUGAAUUCCAAACAGCCAACUUUUCCAAAAUGACAUCUCAAUUGACAAAUGAUGAAAUAUUUGUCUAGAUUGUAUGCACAAUGUUUUUAUAAGAGUAGAAACAUUUCUUAAUUUGAUGCUUUCUUUUCCAUCGGUGCACACAAAAAAAUGCAUCCGUUGCAAUUCUGCUCACGCUGCACUAGUGUUUGGAUUAACUCAAUAAUGACAUGAAUUGAUGUUAUGUAGUGAAAAAAAAGUUCCUUCUUGUCAUUUGUGGUGAAGUUUUAGGAGGUGCCUGAAAUUGCCACUCUUUCUUCUUGGCUUUCACAGCUUAGCUGGUGCAUGAUGCUUGCGUUUUAGCUCGGACUCUUUCAGAGAGAACUACAUAGGGUUAAUCUGUUCUUUAGCCAGCCUUCAAGUGUGGAAUGCAGUUUCGUGUAGAUAGAUUACUACACCGUUUGGCUGUCUAUGCUCAAGUGAAUCCAGUAGGCACCAGGCGAAGGGACGAUGUUUCUACACUAAUCAUAUCUCUGCUGGGUGUAAUGGUUCUUCUUUAAGUCUUGGUCACAGUCUUUGUUGGUUGUAUGUACUCCAGUAUACAUAUAGGGUAAAUGUUUCAUAUCAAUAUUGAGGUUAUGUUGAAUAAAUGAUAUAUUUUGUGAUGAUGCAACCAAUUAAGGUACUGAGGCGAAUGCAGUAUUUUUAUGAUGCAUUUGAGGAGAAGGUUUAAUUAACGUUUCCAUCAUUUCCUCCUGUUCAGCCACAUUAUACCGUCUCUGUCAAUACCACAAAGGAAAAAACAAGCAGCGACCUGUGACUAAUGUAGCAAUGAAAGCUUGUCUGGUUGUCCCCUCAGAGGGAAUGAUAUGCCGGUGGGAACUGCAAUAUUUAUAUUUAUUAUUGGGGUUAUUUCUCAAGAAAAAAAAGAGGAAGUGUGUUACAGGAGGCUUCUUUCAUGUGCCUUUAGCUUGUGGUUUUGGAGAGAGGGGGAUAUUUUAAGGACAUGUCAGCCAUUUUGAAGCGGAGCCAGAAACCAGGGUAAAUCAAAUAAAACCAAGUACACAACUUUGAAACAGAGGACCAAUCAGUUCAUACACAAGUUUUCAAACUGUAUAGUACAUGCUUAUUCCUCAAACUUAGGAAAUAACUUUGGAACUGCAUAACCCAAUGAAGCAUAGAUUCCACAUCCUGAAAUACCACUUUCAACCAGUAUGAAUGUCUUUAAGCAAAGUAUUGCACCAAAUAGGAAUGCACUUUUCUGAGGAGGAGGAGGCGCAGGUUAAACAUGGGUUUUUGUUUGUCGUUGAAGCACAGAGUGUUAGUGUAGUAGCAGGAAAUAGCUUUUCAAUAAAAGAAAUUUUAAAAAUGUGUACAAGACGUUCCAUAAACCUGAGCUUGCUGAUGGUGAGGGACGACAUCUUAAUAUGAAACAACUACCUGAUAUUAAUCCCAGAGUAAUAUUUAUAGAAUGAGCAUGAAUGUGGUGAUUAUGGUUGUACUGGACGCAGUUAUAAAGUAGGAAUGUUGUAGAAGUAGUUUUGUGUGUGCGCGAGUAUACGAUACACACUGAGUAGCUGUUUUUAUAACGCAGCAUGGUGUUUUCUGUGGGUUCAAUGUGAAAGGUCUUUCUGCUUGAUUAAGAGUUACUCAUAUUCUCCAGUUAAAAUGACAUUAGGCCACAUUUUCUUUCCUCGUAUAUAUAUAUAUAUAUAUAUAUAUAUAUAUAUAUAUAUAUAUAUGUAUAUACAUAUAUAUAUAUAUAUAUAUAUAUAUAUAUAUCUCCUAUUCUGUGCCGUGAAGAAAAUGCAGUUCUGAUUAAUUAAUAGGCUCACCAAACACUUUUUUGUUUAGAUCGUUUUUUAAAGACUGAUUUGAAUCUAUGAGUGGACCAGGCUGAGGGAGGCAACAGGACAGAUUUUGAUCUCCAGACAGGAGUUUUCUUUGAGCAAUUGCUAACAGAUUGAUUGUCAGGAGCCAGAAGCAGGAAAGAUGUUCUGCUUGCACAACUUCAAUCAGUUCUCUACCGCAAACAUGGGACAAACUCCGCAGAAGCCUAGUCUAUGUUGUCACCUUGCACUAGUUCUUUUUCUGUAAAACCUGCUCGUAACACUCUCACUAUGUUAUACCUCAUCAUCUAAAGCCUCUCUGCUCUGCCUGCUCUCCCUUAGUUUUAAAUCAAAGAUGGCUGAGUCACAAGGUUUCCACUGACUGUUGAUUUUCCCUUUUCUUUCCAUCAUAACAGUUGUCCAUUAUGCUCUGUGCAAACCUCGACAAGAAUCCCAUGAUUGUGAUGUUUCAGAGCUUCUUUUAUCCCACUUGGGGAGAAUCUCAGAGUUUGAUGUAUGUUGUACAUUAUAUAACUGAGUACACACAGGUACAAAUACACCCUAGUCUGGAGGGAGCUGAUUAUCUGAAGGGCACAGUGAAGGUUUUAAAAUGACUCCCUUAAAAACAGUUCAUGUCUGAAUGUUUGAGAACCAAUCAAGCAAAAAGGCCCUUUCACUCCUUCUCCGAUGCCGUAUGUGAUGUGUUCAAAGCAGAAAGCAGCCUUUUAAUGUGUGGAUCAGAUUUUAUGGAUGGUCUGAUUUGUUGUACUGUCUUUGAAUAAUAUUUUUAAGUUGACAAAUUCCAAAUACCCGGCCUUGAGAUUUUGAGGCAUUAGCAGAAUGCUGUGAAUCACUCAAUACUAAACUGUAUGACUAUACAGAAGCUGAAUGCACUAUACAGGAGAUCUAUUUUUCUGAAUGUAGAGUUGGUACUACCAUAUGGAUGCUGCUGGAUCAAAACAAGAGAAAAAAACUAAUAAAAAAAACCAUUCACACCAACUUAGACAGAAAUAAAUUUAAGGGAGAACAGUAGGCGAGCAAAUACUUUUUUCAUCAUUGCAGUCGCAGUUCUGUUCCAAACACAGAAAGCAACUGGGAUCCCACAACAAGCAUAUUAACAGUAACACAGAAAUAGUACUACCUGCAGCUGCAACUUUUUCCUUUUCCUGAAUACGACUUGAAACACAUGCAGACUCAAACCAUCAGUAAAAUUAAACAAAUGCUACAUGUACACUUACAUACUGUACACAGAUUUAUACAUAUUGCUCUGGAAAGAACAAAUCUUAAAGAUAUAACAAACUAUCCUUCCUGUGAUAUCUGUUCAUUUUAGCCAAUUUUAGUGACAGGAUGAUCAAAACUGCUAACUGUUCCUUGAAAAUGACACAAAACUGACAAGAUACAGAAAGAAAAAAAAGUGCAUCUUUCAGUUCAAUUUCAUCUCCAUAUCUGCAUUAAAAUGAAGAUAUCAUUUGAUCACAAUGAGCAUAUGGUGUCAUCUGUCCAUUUAAUCUUUCUGCAUGUGAUUUAUUUAGUUAUAAUCCUGAAUGUAAUUGUUUAACAUGGAAAUAAUAAAAAAUCUAAUGCUAUUUUAAAGAGGUAUAUUUGAAAAAAAGCUAAUUGUCUUAACUGGUACUGAAAUGACCUACAGUAAUAUAAUACUGGGCUGUGCUUUUCUUGUUUGCCCUAUUAACAUGUUGUUAAGAAGAUGCUGUAUUGGUAGUUCUGUUUGAUUCUCUCUCUCUUUUUUUGCAUCGUAUUAAUCUUAAUUAUGUUUUUCUUCCUCAGCGCAAUAUUCAAUAUCUCUCUGUCUCUUAAAUCUAACUGGUAAAACUAGAACUACUGCAGAUUCAUUGUAAAAGGGAAACAGCCUGGUGAUCAUCAAUUAAAGUACAUUCAAAUCUAAA